AUGGCAUCAGAUUCAGAUGACCCCGAGCUGAAGUUAGAAUUGGAUCUAAUGACGCUGGAUUACCUGCUCCAUAAAGCGAUAAUCGCGGUGAUAGACGACCGAAUAGUACAACGGCGGGUUGGCGAGCAGUCAAAUAAAAAUGGUGAUAGUAUUCUCGGAAUAUUUGAUGGAUGCAUGCAAUUAUUUCGAUACAAUCAUCUCAACAAUAACAGUCGCAACAGCAAUUAUGAGAGCGAUAGAAGCAAUCAGAAUAAUAACACUUCAUGCGUUCCGAUAAACUUGAGAAUCAAACUUCAAAUCCUUACGGUAACAAAUCUCCUGUGCCGACGGUAUCAUCAAGGCUCCCGCGCAUUUCUCCCGUCGGAAGAAACCCUCCAAACCCAGAAAAAGCGGAACAGAGAGCGCGCAGAGCAUUGGCUACGUCAAAAUGAAGACCACAGAAUCUGCCGCACAGCCGCAAGCACGCCGGUAAUGAAUGAUUCAGCGUAUCUAGAGCGAAAUCGACGCGACAUGUACGUGCACAUGGGCAUCCCUUGCAAAGACGGCAAUGACAAUAUCCCCGUCGCCAGUCUAUUGGAUAUCUUACCGGAAUGCAUGUCUCUCUGUGGGAUGGUGUGCCACCAUGACAUACCAGACACCAGCUGGAUGGAAUUACCGGUCCGGUUUAUGCUGUUUGCUGCGAUUGAGGAGAUUUUGUUACACGGCACGAUGAUAGAGGAAGCGGCCAACGAGGCUUUUGCUUGGGAUUAUCCUUACAAAGUCGAGAGUGAUGAUCAUCAUGAUGAAGAUUGUGAACAAGAUGAUAAGGCUCGUAUUGCUCAAUGGGAGUCCGUGAGGGAUUCUGUGAAAACAUCUCUGGUUGGUGUUGAUGGCGAAAGAGGAUGGGAGACAAGUAUAGGAGAAAUCUUGGAGAACUGUCCUUUCAUACGGUUCGAGGAAUAUGUCAUGGAAUGGCUGGUUUCAUUGCUACGGUUCCAAAAAUCUCCUAUUCUCAUGCAGUUGGAGGAAGGGAAGCUGGAAGGGCUGACGCUAGAAGAGACGGCGGCAUUUAUGAGUAGGGUUGGCAUUUAA